AUGACGGUGUGUGAGAGCAGCCUGGUCAUAGCUUUGGUAUGGUCUACCAAGAACCUCCAGUCCCCCAUGUACUUCUUUCUCCAACAGCUGGCCCUAUCUGACAUACUUCAGACAUCAACUGUUGUCCCGGCAAUGCUCAGGGUUAUAAUAUAUGAAGGAGCCACAAUGGCCCUAACGGAUUGUAUUACGCAGUUUUAUUUUUUUGCUGCGUCGGAAGCUUUUCAGUGCAUUAAUCUUGCAGUAAUGUCCUAUGACAGAUAUGUGGCCAUCUGCAACCCGCUGCGUUACUCUUCCAUAAUGACCCUCAAGGUUUGUGUUCAAUGCAUUCUCUGGUCAUGGCUGCUUGCCUUUAGCGUUAUCCUGAUCACUGCAAAUGCCGCGGCCACACAGCACUUCUGUGACAAAUAUAUCAUAGACCAUUUCUUUUGUGAUUUCUUCCCCCUUCUGGAACUUUCCUGCUCAGACACUUUCUUUGUACGAAUAGAAGUAACAUUACUGUCGGUCCCUGUAGUUUUUACCCCCUUUAUACUCAUCAUUGGAUCCUAUAUCUGUAUUGCCCAUGAAAUCCUAAAGAUAGUGUCCAGUAUUGGGAGACAAAAAGCCUUCUCCACCUGCAGCUCCCACUUGGCCGUGGUCUCCAUAUUUUAUGGGACUCUCAUUGGUAUUUAUGUGGUUCCAAGCAAACAACGGUUAAUGACCAUAAGCAAACUUCUCUCUCUGUUGUACACUCUAAUAAUUCCUUUUGUUAACCCAAUGAUUUAUAGUUUGAGAAAUAAAGAUAUAAUAGAAAGGCUUAAAGCAAUAUUAGUAAGCGGAAAGCAGAAAGGUAUCAAUAUAUGA